AUGGCACAUCCCGCCCAACUAGGCUUUCAAGAUGCAACUUCCCCCCUGAUGGAAGAACUUCUUCACUUUCACGACCACGCUCUAAUAAUCGUCCUCCUUAUCAGCGUAAUAGUACUUUACAUUAUUACAUGUUUAAUUACCACCAAAAUGACAGAUAAACAUAUUCUUGACUCCCAAGAAAUCGAGAUUGUCUGAACUGUUCUCCCUGCAAUUACCCUAAUCCUAAUUGCCCUCCCAUCCCUCCGAAUCCUGUACCUCAUGGAUGAGAUUAAUGACCCUCACCUAACAAUUAAGGCCAUAGGCCAUCAAUGGUACUGGUCCUAUGAAUAUACUGAUUACGAAGACCUUGCCUUCGACUCAUAUAUGCUUCCCACACAAGACCUCUCCCCUGGACAGUUCCGCCUCCUAGAAGCAGACCAUCGAAUAGUGGUCCCAGUCGAAUCCCCUAUCCGAGUGCUAAUCUCCGCUGAAGAUGUUCUUCACUCAUGAGUAGUUCCUACCCUCGGUAUUAAAAUAGACGCAGUCCCAGGCCGAUUAAAUCAAACAGCCUUCAUCACAGCCCGCCCAGGAGUUUAUUAUGGGCAGUGCUCCGAAAUUUGCGGUGCAAAUCACAGCUUUAUGCCCAUCGUAGUUGAAGCAGUCCCACUAAACCAUUUUGAAGCCUGAACCACCCUAAUACUUGAAGAAGCCU